AUGGAGAGGAGACGUGUCACUUCGGCCAUUCGCCGCUCCUAUGUCUCCUCUUCGGAGGUGGUGGCAGGCCGUCGCCUGGGUCCCGGCACCCGCCUCUCCCUUGCUCGAAUGCCGCCUCCACUCCCAACCCGGGUGGACUUCUCCCUGGCCGGGGCACUCAACACCGGCUUCAAGGAGACACGGGCCAGUGAGCGGGCGGAGAUGAUGGAGCUCAAUGACCGCUUUGCCAGCUACAUCGAGAAGGUGCGCUUCCUGGAACAGCAGAACAAGGCGCUGGCUGCUGAGCUGAACCAGCUGCGGGCCAAGGAACCCACCAAGCUGGCCGAUGUCUACCAGGCUGAGCUGCGUGAGCUGCGGCUGCGGCUCGAUCAACUCACCGCCAACAGCGCCCGGCUCGAGGUCGAGAGGGACAAUCUGGCACAGGACCUGGGCACCCUGAGGCAGAAGCUCCAGGAUGAAACCAACCUGAGACUGGAGGCUGAGAACAACCUGGCUGCCUAUCGACAGGAGGCAGAUGAAGCCACCCUGGCCCGAGUGGACCUGGAGAGGAAGAUUGAGUCUCUGGAGGAGGAGAUCCGGUUCUUGAGGAAGAUCCACGAGGAGGAGGUGCGCGAGCUCCAGGAGCAGCUGGCCCAGCAGCAGGUCCAUGUAGAGCUCGAUGUGGCCAAGCCGGACCUGACGGCAGCCCUGAGAGAGAUCCGCACGCAGUAUGAGGCAAUGGCGUCCAGCAACAUGCACGAGGCAGAAGAGUGGUACCGGUCCAAGUUCGCGGACCUGACGGACGCCGCUGCCCGCAACGCAGAACUCCUCCGCCAGGCCAAGCACGAAGCCAAUGACUACCGGCGCCAGCUGCAGGCCUUGACCUGCGACCUGGAGUCCCUGCGCGGCACGAACGAGUCCCUGGAGAGGCAGAUGCGGGAGCAGGAGGAGCGCCAUGCGCGGGAGGCAGCCAGCUACCAGGAGACGCUGGCCCGGCUGGAAGAAGAGGGACAGACCCUCAAGGAUGAGAUGGCCCGCCACCUGCAGGAGUACCAAGACCUGCUCAAUGUCAAGCUGGCCCUGGACAUCGAGAUCGCCACCUACAGGAAGCUGCUGGAGGGCGAGGAGAACCGCAUCACCAUUCCUGUGCAGACCUUCUCCAACCUGCAGAUCCGAGGGGGCAAAAGCACCAAUGAAGGGGAAUGUCACAAGGUCACAAGACAUCUCAAAAGCCUCACAAUACAAGUUAUACCAAUACAGGCUCACCAGAUUGUAAAUGGAGCCCCGCCGGCUCUCGAAACUAGCCUGGACACCAAGGCCGUAUCAGAAGGCCACCUCAAGAGGAACAUCGUGGUGAAGACUGUCGAGAUGCGGGAUGGAGAGGUCAUUAAGGAGUCCAAGCAGGAGCACAAGGACGUGAUGUGAGGCAGGACCCACCUGGUGGCCCCUGUCCCAAGGCGUGAGGGGCCUGCAGCAGGAGACAGGAUAGUUGCCCCCUCUCUGAUAGCUAAUUUCCCCAGACCAGAGACCCCCCACCCCAGCCGCUCCCUGCUCACUCCGUCUCUAUGCCAGCUUGCUGCCCUAGGCUCUGACCGAAUUAGGACUGCCAGAUAGCAUUCACCCUGCACCCAGCAACUCCAACUAACAAGGCGCUCACCCGAAAGGGGCAGCCUGGAGGGGCGUGGCCGGCAGCUUGAGUUAGAAUUGGGAGAGAGGAGAGAAGUUGGGGAGGACAAGGGGAACUUAUAGAUCACCCUCCAUGGCCUAAGCCCUGUCGUCAUGGCAACUGUUGCCAGAGCUAGAGGUCUCUGAGGCUAUCUGGGAACUGGGCCUUUGAGUUUCCUCAGGCUGCUGGAGGAAAACUGAGCCUGAGACAGAAAGGGGAAGUCCCCACAGGCAAGGUAGCCCUGACCAGAGGUUUAUUCUUCUAGACUGACGCUGACCAGUCUGAGAGUGGGUGGGGAUAUCCCAUCACCUGGAGUAGUCACCAGACAGAUUCCUGGCCUGCCCAGAUCCCAGAGGUGCCUCCUGAGUGAUGAUGCAAGUGUCUCAGCCCCAUUGAGCUGCUGUGAGGGCGCGCUAUGGGCAUGCUGUGGGCACGUGGGAGCUUGAUUCUCAGCACUUGGGGGAUCUAUAGUGUAAGUGGAGAGGGAAGAGAUGCUGGGAGGGAGAAGAGGGGGCUGCCUGGCCCCUAGGAGUGGGUACAGAGAGGUCAAGCCCAGGAGGACUCCCCCAUCUAGGCUGGGGGUGCAGGUAGAGAUGGAGGAGGAGGCAGUUGGAAUGAUGCGAGGCAUCAGAGUUGGGGGUUGUGGGUGACCAGUUACACUUGGCCUCUGGGUUGUGGGAAUCAAGGAAGUGACUCAUCCUCUUGGAGAUGCUGAAACAGGAGAGAUAGGGGCUGCUGUCCACAGGGGCAGGACACACUUUGUCCCAGUUCUAAAGGCCCCUUCCUUGCCCCUAAUCCCUGUCCACCCAGCCCUCUGAGCCCCUGCAGCUGCUGCCUUCUGACCCCAGCAAAUGAAUGAAGCCACUGCAAUACAUCCGACUCUCUCCACCCCACAGUGACCUGCUACUUUUCCCUAAGCUGAGGCCCUGUGGGCCCCUCUUACUCAAAUACAAAAUGUACCCCUGUGUUUUAGGUAGCACCAUAUUUUAUAAUUUGGGAAACUGAGGCACAAGCAGAGUAAAGACCCUGGUUUGUGUUCCUGGAGGCAGGGCAGCUCGGGGCAGACACUUUGACUCAGAGCACCUGCUCUGCUUUCCACAGGAGGACUGUGGGGGGCGCAGGAUUAUCUGUGCCCAGAAGUGGGGCUGAGACGACCCACUCCAGGGUCCUCAACUCCCCUCUAAGGCCAAAGGGAGAGAGAAGUGGGAAUCCCUCCCUCCUUCCAAGACUUGGUGCCCUUUCCCCCACCCACUGCUGCUAACCUUCAGGGCACUGCUGCUGCCUGUAAUCACUGAGGUAAAUAAAGACAA